CUUGUGGUUUCCCCUCUCGCCCGCCCGCCCUCCCUCCAAUGGAGUCCCUCGCCUUCGCCCGCCCCUCCCGCGUUGGGCUCCAAUUCCCCGCCCGCUCGCCGCCGCCAACGGCCGCAGGCAGACGCCCUUUCCUCCUCGCCCGUCACCCCCGCCCCGCAGCCGCCGAGGGAAAAGGUCCCCUCUGGACCGCCGCCGCCGUCGCUUCCUCCUCCUCGGCGGCUAUCACGUCGCAACCCGACGUCGCCUCCUCCUCCCGUUCCACUCUUCCCCUUAAAAGGGUUACCGCCGAUUCGUUGCAGUACGAGAGCGGGUACUUGGGCGGCAUCUCGGAGAGGACCGCGGCGCCGGGGGUGGAGGGAGGGAGGGAUGGAGCGCCCAAUCCGAUGGAGUAUCUGACCAAUAUACUCUCUUCGAGGGUGUACGAUGUCGCAAUCGAGUCCCCCCUGCAGCUGGCGCCGAAGCUGUCGGAGAGGCUUGGGGUCGAUAUCUGGCUCAAGAGAGAGGACUUGCAACCCGUCUUUUCAUUCAAGUUGCGAGGGGCAUAUAACAUGAUGGCCAAGCUGCCGAGGGAUCAGUUGGGCAGGGGUGUUAUCUGUUCAUCUGCUGGUAACCAUGCCCAAGGAGUUGCAUUGGCUGCUCGGAAACUAGGUUGUGAUGCUGUGAUUGUAAUGCCCGUUACCACACCAGAAAUUAAGUGGAAAUCUGUUGAGAGGUUAGGUGCAACAGUUGUUCUUGUGGGGGACUCUUAUGAUGAAGCCCAGUUAUAUGCCAAGCAACGUGGUGAGCAGGAAAGUCGCACAUUCAUACCCCCUUUUGAUCAUCCAGAUGUCAUCAUAGGUCAGGGCACUAUUGGGAUGGAAAUCAUUCGCCAAUUGAAAGGCCCACUACAUGCUAUAUUUGUGCCUGUUGGAGGUGGUGGACUGGUAGCGGGAAUAGCUGCUUAUGUAAAACGGGUUCGCCCAGAGGUAAAGAUCAUUGGAGUGGAGCCUUCUGAUGCAAAUGCCAUGGCAUUAUCUUUGUAUCAUGGUCAAAGGGUCACGCUAGAGCAAGUGGGAGGAUUUGCAGAUGGUGUGGCUGUUAAAGUAGUUGGAGAAGAGACAUUUCGCUUAUGCCGAGAACUGGUAGACGGAGUGGUUCUUGUCAGUCGUGAUGCUAUUUGUGCAUCUAUAAAGGAUAUGUUUGAGGAGAAAAGGAGCAUUUUAGAACCAGCUGGUGCCCUUUCUUUAGCUGGGGCAGAAGCCUACUGCAAAUACUAUGGCUUGAAAGGUACAAGUGUUGUUGCAAUAACUAGUGGCGCAAACAUGAACUUUGAUAGGCUUAGGUUAGUAACUGAACUUGCUGACGUUGGUCGGAAACGAGAGGCUGUUCUCGCUACCAUACUGCGAGAGGAGCGUGGAAGUUUUAAACAAUUUUGUGAACUGGUUGGUUCUAUAAACAUUACAGAGUUCAAAUAUAGAUAUGAUUCACGUAAAGAAGAUGCUCUUGUUCUUUACAGUGUUGGGCUUCACACUGAUGCUGAACUUGUAGCAAUGGUGGAGCGCAUGAAAUCUGCACAGCUAAGAACUAUUAAUCUUACCAACGAUAAUGUGGUGAAGGAUCAUAUGCGAUACUUUAUGGGAGGCCGGUCGAAUGUCCAAGAUGAGCUACUUUGCCGAUUUAUCUUCCCCGAGAGGCCAGGUGCUCUCAUGAAAUUUUUGGAUGCCUUUAGUCCACGUUGGAAUAUCAGCCUCUUCCAUUAUCGAGCACAGGGUGAGACUGGUGCUAAUGUUUUGGUUGGAAUCCAAGUGGCAAAGGAGGAUAUGGAAGAAUUCGCAAAUCAGGCUAACAAACUUGGUUAUGAGUAUACGUACGAGGUAACCAAUGAGGCUUAUCAGCUUUUAAUGCAGUGAAUAGUAAUCAAACCAAAUGUCUGUGAUCGCAUGCGGUGGAAUCGGGCGUGAUUGCUCGGAUUAAACAUGGAGUGGUUGAAGAUUUCAUUGGAGGAACCUGGUGGGUGAAAUAUCUAGGAUCUAAUGAGACUGUUUUUCGACUCUAGCAUUGAGUUCCCAAUUUUUUUCUUACUUUUUAUCAUCUUUAGUUUUGGGCUUAGAACUAUACUAUAUAUCUGCUGCCCUCGGGAAAAGGUUCCCUCACUAUUUAUGUAAUCUAUAGGUGUUGUUUGAAGAGGACUCCAAGGCAAUCAUUUUGUGGCUUUAGCAAGCGUUGUAUAAUAGACCUUGCAGUCCACAUUAAGAUCGAUCGAGCUGCAGCAUUGCUCAUUGAGACUCGAUCGGCUUAUCAAAUGGGUUUCAUCACUCUGUCUUUGAGAU